AAUUUCUUUACUCUUCUUCAAUCAACCCAACCAUCUUCAACUUCUGUGCUUUCUAAUUUUUCCGGUAAUUUUGUGGUCCAGAACAGAAUGGUUACAACCUUGUUAAGCAUUUGCAGUAGCUUUUCAUGGAGGUAUCAUCGGCAAGUAGCUUCUUCUUCAGUGGCAAAAAGUGAGAUUUUAAGAGCAAAAACCAUUGCAUGUCAGUCAGGAAGUGGAUGGAGUGAUAAAGAGAAUGAAGACUCAUCAGGGUUUUUCAACAGAAGAUCAGUUUUAGUUUCUGGGUUAUCUCUUCUUCCGUCGGCAACACUAGGAUUUCCAGGAGAUGGAUUGGCUGUUGUCAAACAGGGUCCUCUUGCAGGGAGGAUUCCAGGCUUGUCUGAGCCAGAUGAACAAGGUUGGAUGACAUACCGGAGACCAGAUGACAAGUCUGGAGGGCAUGGAGUUGGAUGGAGUCCAAUUAUACCUUACCUUUUCUCAGUGCCACAAGAUUGGGAAGAGGUUCCUGUAUCGAUUGCAGAUCUAGGUGGAACAGAGAUUGACUUGAGAUUUGCUAGCUCAAAGGAGGGAAAAUUGUUUGUCAUUGUUGCUCCUGUUCUCAGAUUUGCAGAUAAUCUUGGUGAAGAUGCUAAAAUUGAAAAGAUUGGACCACCAGAGAAAGUGAUUAAUGCAUUUGGACCAGAAGUAAUAGGUGACAAUGUGGAAGGGAAGGUUCAAAGUAUUAAUGUAGCUGAGCAUGAUGGAAGAAUGUAUUACCAGUAUGAGUUGGAACCACCUCAUGCACUGAUCACAGCAACUGCUGCUGGCAAUCGCCUUUACUUGUUCAAUGUAAUUGGCAAUGGUCUUCAAUGGAAGAGGCAUUACACAGAUCUGAAGAGGAUUGCUGAGUCUUUUCGUGUUGCAUAAUUCAAAUCUCUUUCCCCUCAAUGGAGUGUAUUUAUAGCAACUGAGUGCAAAAAUAUUCAGUUAAUUUUCCAAGUGGCUCUUGCAAAGCUUUACAAGAAACUAUAUUUACAGUACAAAGAGUCAAGCAAAAAUAUAUGAACUCCAUUCAAAUUUAAUACUAGCUUUCUAGAAGUUAUCUCAUGUUGUUUCAGUAGAUUUGCAGUAAUCUUCUGAGUCCAGGUAGGCUGCAAGUAAAUGACCACAAAUUUAUAGCCUGCUUCAGGACUUCUCUGCAUAACUGAUAAAUGGGUCAGAGGAUCAAUGCACCUUCUUUGGUGGUUAUGGUUCGCCAGUGAUUCAUCUUCACUCAUGAAUUAUCUGUUCCCUCUACUUGCAUUUUGUGGUACAGAGGACAAUUCUUCACUGAUGCAUGGCAAGUACUCAUUUUAACUGUCAGUCCUCCCACUUAGGCUAAUGCUUUGGUCAUUCUCCAUUCAAUAGCUUGCGUUAGUGGUGCUAAUCUUUCGCUCAGUUUUACUAAGCCUAACUGAAUUGCAGCCUGGCCAUUUAAACCCUCUAACAUCAUGAUCAUCCUCAUAUUUUCGGCUCUCUACAUUCCUCAGAAGCAGCAUAACUAUUUGACAGCAGUAUAUGAUGAAUCAACACCUCAAUUCACG